AUGGUCAAGCCGCUCACGUUCAAGGGCGACAAGAAGGCGAAGAAGAGGAAGCGAACCGAGGGCGAAAAGGCUGCAGAUGAUGAAGGGAAGCAAUUGAAGGCUGUCAAGACUGAAGAGGAGGACGAUGAAAACGACGACAGCUGGGUGUCAGCCGAGGCAGUCACAGAUGUAUCCGGGCCAGUGAUGAUAGUCCUACCGUCGGAGCCGCCCACAGCUUUGUCAUGCGACGCAUAUGGAAAGGUGUUCACCUUACCCAUCGAGAACAUCGUCGACUCCAAUCCGGAGACCGCUGAGCCACAUGAUGUCCGGCAGGUGUGGGUUGCAAACAAGAUCUCAGGAACAGAAUACUACCGCUUCAAGGGCCAUCAAGGGAAGCUUUUAAGCUGUGACAAGUAUGGCAUUCUGUCCGCCACGACCGAGGCAGUCACUCCGCUCGAGUCUUUCGUCCUCAUUGCUACCGCCGACACGCCCGGUACUUUUCAAAUACAGACCUUACGGGACACCUUCCUGACGGUGAAAGCAUCCACAUCAUCUAAGGCUAAUGCCGCGCCCGAAGCCCGUGGCGAUGCAACCGACAUCAGCUUUGAUACGACAGUCCGCAUCCGUAUGCAGGCACGGUUCAAACCUCGCAUCAAGGCGACGAAGGCAGAGAAGGCGAAUCAAAAGAUCAGUAGGGCAGAGCUUGAGGCGGCAGUUGGUAGGAGGUUAGAGGAAGACGAGGUUAAGAUUCUGAAGAAGGCUCGACGGGAAGGCGAUUACCAUGAAAGGCUGCUCGACAUAAAAGUCAAGAACAAGCACGACAAGUUUGGUUGA